GUACCCCCAUGUUUUUAUUCAAUUUUAUAAUGUUCUUUCCCUCAUGUUUAACUACUCUUUUCCCAUUGGUUGGAUUCUGCCACAGUGCAGAAUCCCCAUAUUUGGUCAUGUCCUUCCCCCAUUCCCCUACUUGGGUAGAACUCCUCUCAUGCUCUCCCUUUUAAGGCUUGUACCCUCCUUCCCUUAUUUGUGAAGUCUCAGCCCCCGGUUUCAGAACCUUCCUUCUCCCCCCUAUAAAUAGGGGGAGCCAUUUUGAAUAAACUCAAUCCUACAAUCCUCCUCGAACUGUGUAGGUUGUCGUGCCAUCCAUUUCAAACUGUGUUGCAGGAGGGGAGGAAGAGCAGGGACUCUGGCUGCAGGAUCACUGGCAAGGCAUGCUGGGGAGCUCACAGCAAGCUGGAUGGUGCAAGAGACCCCCAUCACCCACAAAAGGAAGAGCUACUUUUUUGCAAGUUGUCUGCAAGGCCACUUACACCAUUGUCUUUCUCACCAUCACUGUGGUCAGAGGCACUACAGGGAACAACGAAGUGUCAGUGACCAUAGGUGACAGCUCAGUGCUCGCCUGCCCUCUCAAACCAAAUAUAAAUAUGCUAACAUGGAAAAUAUAUCCCAAGGCUGGAGGCCCCUGCAACUUGGUCUACAGGGCUGAUACGAACACGACAGACGGAACAAACUGCAGUGACAGCAUGAACUGGAAAUUCAGACCAGAUCUGUGUCCUGUGCUUGAGAUACAGCAAGUGGGGAUAGCCCAGGAGGGAAAUUACAUCUGUGAAAUUGUAACACCAGAAGGGAAUUUCCACGGGACAUACCACCUGACGGUGUUGGUGCCCCCAAGGCUGAGCCUCUUCUGUGAUGAGCACGGGAAGCCCGUGUGCGAGGCAGCGGCAGGGAAGCCGCCUGCUCAGGUCUUGUGGCUCCUAGAGAGCAACUCCUCCCUUGAGGAAGAAAGCCAUGACAAUGGGACAGUGACUGUUCUCAGCAGGUUGACAGCGUGUGACACCAACGUGACUGACACAACCUGCGUGGUGUUCCACCCAGCUGGGAGCUGGAGUGAGUCCAUAGCCUGUUGUCCCUCAGAAAUUGGAAGGUUUCUUCACUGUGUCAUCAGCCUUAUGAGCCUCCUGGGCCUCUUCUUCCUGCAGGCUGUUUUUCAUCUCUACACCUUCUGUGGUAGCAGGACAAUGAGAAACUAGUACCAAGCACAGCAGCUUCCAUCUGCAGAAGUGUCUCAGCACUUAGCAGAGAUGAAAGGAAGUCCCAAUAUGUCUUAGCAACGUGGCAUGCAGCAAGAACUCACCGGUACCAAAUUGUUCAGGAGAAGGAAGCAAACAUCUGCAAUGCAGCCAUAUGUGACUGUGCAGAAGCACGUCUGUAAUCACUCAUGAAAGUUUCGCUCUUUUUUUAGAAGACCAAGUCUAACACAUAUGCAAUUGGAAAUUAAUUCAUAAUGUAUAAACUGAGGUCAUUCAAUUUCAAAUACUUUGUAUCCUAGUAUUUAAGUUGCAUUUCUUACAGAAUAAAAUAAAUCAAGAAGAAAUUGUCUUGUAUAAUGAGCAGCAGCCUUCCCAGAAUGGUCACACAAGACUGAAGGUAAAGUUGAGCAACUCUCACUUUUGUUAUAAGAAUUUUGAAGUGUCUCACAGAGAGAGAGAAUAAUUGAGCUUUGGCAGUUA